AGGAACGCGAAGGCUUGGGGAACCCUGGCUGGGCCCGCAAUCAAUUUGAAGUUUCGUGUUACGCUCUACAGAGAGAAGAACACUUGGAAGGAGCACUGCACGUAUUCACUAAGACUCCAGUCUCAUUGAUGUGGUAUCGAUGCUCCCCCGUAUCCUCCUUGAUAUCCGCGCAUCGCCCCCUGAUUGAACCCAAGGAGACGCUCGUCUGAUCAUUGAAACGAACCCCUCUCCCACCAUUGAUGCGGACAACCGUAUUAUGCCUUCUCCCAUCGUCACCGCGACCAUCCAAGCGACCACACUUGCAUCUCUCUCCAAUGCCUUAGCACAGUCCAUCCAGCUAUACCAGGGUGACAAACCCAACGGCUUCUCCCCCAUCGAGCUCCUCCGAUUCUCCGCCCUCCAAAUCGUCUGUGCGCCCCCCAACUACCUCUGGCAACAAUGGCUCGAACGCACCUUCCCCGCCUACGCCCCCUCCCGGCCCUUCUCCUCCCUCUUCUCUCGCCGAUCCAGCGGCACCGAAUCUGAGAAACCCGGCGUCGGUGGCCGAAACCACUCCCCGGCUAUCAACCGCGAGAAAGAGAAAGACCUCGAACUGGGCGACAAGCGACCGCACUCCCCGCACCGGCGUACCUCUCCGAGCUCUGUCGACGCAGGGGAACGGAAGCUGAACCUGCGGAAUACGAUGACGAAGUGGUUUAUCGACUGCAUCACGCUGGGGGCGGUCGUCAAUACGGUGUUGUUCCUGGUGCUCAUGGGGAUCAUGAAGGGAUAUACGACGGAGAAGAUCUACGGGAUGGCGUGGAGCGAGACGGUGCCGAUUAUCGUGGCGGGAUAUCGCGUGUGGCCGAUUGCGAGCAUCAUUAGCUUCAGUUGCGUGCCAGUGGAGAAGCGGAUUGUGUUUUUGAGCGCGGUGGGGUUGGCGUGGGGCGUGUAUAUGAGUUUGGUGGGGAGUAAGCUAUGAGGGUGCCAUCAGGGUUGGGUGGGUUGGAGAUGGAUGUGCUUGGUACUGAUAACGGCUGGGUAUACAUGCCUCGAAGGAAAGACACUAUGGCGUUAUGAGGGAAUACGGGCAAUGCAGUUUUGGCUUGGAAGAGGGAUUCAUAUGCAGUGCAUGGUAUCCACCAGUCGUAAAUGCCUGGCCACAUACUCUCGAAGUGUAAUUCACGUGAAUAUAAAAGCCAAUGCCGGCGAAUGGAUUUCCGGACGACUCCAUUGGUAGAUGCACCACUGUAC